UAUAGGCUAUGUGAACGUAUCAUAUAUAGGCUAUGUGAACGUAUCAUAUAUAGGCUAUGUGAACGUAUCAUAUAUAGGCUAUGUGAACGUAUCAUAUAUAGGCUAUGUGAACGUAUCAUAUAUAGGCUAUGUGAACGUAUCAUAUAUAGGCUAUGUGAACGUAUCAUAUAUAGGCUAUGUGAACGUAUCAUAUAUAGGCUAUGUGAACGUAUCAUAUAUAGACUAUGUGAACGUAUCAUAUAUAUAUAUAGACUAUGUGAACGUAUCAUAUAUAGGCUAUGUGAACGUAUCAUAUAUAGGCUAUGUGAACGUAUCAUAUAUAGGCUAUGUGAACGUAUCAUAUAUAGGCUAUGUGAAACGUAUCGUAUCUUUAAAUGACCCUAGGAUAAAUCACAGUGAUUUUGCAACGGUGGAACUGUGAUUCUGUGAAGUGGGAAAAUGAAACUAUUUUUUUAUUUAACCUUUAGUCUAUUUAACUAUAGCCUACUUCCAUGCAGUGAAUCAUCAUGACCCAUGACAUUCACAAUGCACCGAGGGGUUGAGAAAUGUAAAGAAAGUAGCAAUGAAAUUCUUGCUGUGAUUGUUUCGUGUUUUUACGUCUAUAAAUAGCCUAUCAUACAAAUACAGUAGGCUGCGAAUCAUAGGCCUAUCAGUUCCCCAUUGCAUUAUCAUAUUUCACACUUUGUUUCACAACCAGUCUUACAAGGUCAUUUAUAAAGCAAAAACAAACUACUUUUCAAACUGACGUAUUCAUAAAAUAGCCCCGAAGCACCCAUAAUAUCCUGUUUUUGUCGCUGUUGACUUGUUGCCUUGCUCUGCUUUUGCAGUACCUCUUACUGUACUUGCCAAAUAGUGCUCCCUGUAUUCUCUAUUGCGCAUGACUGAAUGGCGGAAUAUGAAGUAGAAGCCUGUUUUUCUCCGAGCUCGAGUCCAACCCCCCCCCGAAUCAACCACUGAAAAACAAAAACGCGGAGCCAUUAAAUCAACAAAAAAAAUUGGGGCAGGGUGGAGUGAUGGCCGUGUUGGGCCCAGCGUCUGGUGUCCAGAGAUGAUAGAGGUGACCUCAGAGUCACCUUUAACCCCUGACCCCCACCACAACCCCUGAGAACGAGCUGAAACUGAUCACACACACAGGCUGCAGUGGGGUCCUCUUCCAAAUGACUCCCUCAGGCCUGAAGACUGUUUCACUGCAGCCACUGGCCUGAAGACUGUUUCACUGCAGCCACAGGCCUGAAGACUGUUUCACUGCAGCCACAGGCCUGAAGACUGUUUCACUGCAGCCACAGGCCUGAAGACUGUUUCACUGCAGCCACAGGCCUGAAGACUGUUUCACUGCAGCCACAGGCCUGAAGACUGUUUCACUGCAGCCACAGGCCUGAAGACUGUUUCACUGCAGCCACAGGCCUGAAGACUGUUUCACUGCAGCCACAGGCCUGAAGACUGUUUCACUGCAGCCACAGGCCUGAAGACUGUUUCACUGCAGCCGCAGGCCAGAACAACAGCCAGUCAUGACAUCAAGCAUAGGGGAUGAUUCUAGCAUCUUCGACGGGUCGAUGGAUGAAGAUGAGAAGGACAAAGCAAAACGCGUGUCGCGUAACAAGUCAGAGAAGAAGAGACGAGACCAGUUCAAUGUCCUCAUCAAGGAGCUGGGCACCAUGUUGCCUGGCAUCACACGCAAGAUGGACAAGUCCACCAUCCUGCAGAAGAGCAUCGACUUCCUGUGUAAACACAACGAGAUCUCUGCUCAGUCUGAGUCCAGUGAGAUCAGACAGGACUGGAAACCUCCGUUCCUUAGCAACGAGGAGUUCACCCAGCUCAUGCUGGAGGCUCUAGAUGGAUUCUUCAUAGCGAUAAUGACAGACGGGAACAUCAUCUAUGUCUCUGAGAGCGUCACCUCCUUACUGGAACACCUGCCGUCGGACCUGCAGGACCAGAACCUGUUAAACUUCCUCCCCCUGAAUGAACACUCGGAGGUGUACAAGGCUCUCUCCAAACACCCCUCCGACCCCGAGAGCCUCGGACCAGAGUACCUCAAGACCAAGAACCAGCUGGAGUUUUGCUGCCACGUGUUGAGAGGAACCAUCGACCCUAAAGAACCUGCCGUCUACGAACGCGUCAAAUUCAUCGGCAACUUCAAGUCGCUGAACGACGUCCCCAACACCACCAGGAAUGGUUUAGCAGGAGUGUUACAGAGAUCCCUACAACCUGCCUUUGAUGACCUGGUCUGCUUCGUAGCCACCGUCAGGCUGGCUAAACCACAGUUCAUCAAGGAGAUGUGUACAGUGGCGGAGCCCAAUGAAGAGUUCACCUCCCGACACAGUCUGGAGUGGAAGUUCCUAUUCCUAGACCACAGGGCUCCACCAAUCAUAGGCUACCUUCCAUUUGAGGUCCUGGGGACGUCGGGGUACGACUACUAUCAUGUAGACGACCUGGGGACACUGGCCAAGUGUCACGAACACUUGAUGCAGUAUGGCAAAGGGAAGUCGUGUUACUACAGGUUCCUGACCAAAGGUCAACAGUGGAUCUGGCUCCAGACUCGUCACUACAUCACCUAUCACCAGUGGAACUCCAGGCCUGAGUUCAUCGUCUGCACGCACACCGUCGUCAGCUACGCGGAGGUGAGGGCAGAGCAGCGUAGAGAGCUGGGUAUCAUUGAAGAGCCCCCCCCUGAGGUAACUGUGGACAAGCAGAGUCAAGACAGUGGAUCUGAUUCUCAGCUCAACACAGUUUCCAGCCUAAAAGAGGCCCUGGAACGCUUUGACCGUAGCCACACCCCCUCCUCCACCUCUCUGUCCUCACACAAGACCUCCUCACAGCUCUCAGACAACACCUGUACCUCAACAGCCUCCAAGCUCCACAUGGACAUGGCCACGCCCCCUCAUCAGUCACAUGUUGCCUCCACCAUUGAGAUGACAUCACAGAGACGCUCCUCCAUCAGCAGCCAGUCUAUGAGUUCUCAGACCACGGGACACAGUGUGACUCCCGUCCAUCCUGUGAUACAACAACACCAACAACAAGAGCCGGUGCUAGAGUUCUCAGCCCAGGUGAAUGCUAUGCAGCACCUAAAGGACCAGCUGGAGCAGAGGACCAGGAUGAUACAGGCCAACAUCCAGAGACAGCAGGAUGAACUCCGAGCCAUACAGGACCAACUACACAGAGUACAGCCCCCAGCCAUACAGGACCAACUACACAGAGUACAGCCCCCAGCCAUACAGGACCAACUACACAGAGUACAGCCCCCAGCCAUACAGGACCAACUACACAGAGUACAGCCCCCAGCCAUACAGGACCAACUACACAGAGUACAGCCCCCAGCCAUACAGGACCAACUACACAGAGUACAGCCCCCAGCCAUACAGGACCAACUACACAGAGUACAGCCCCCAGCCAUACAGGACCAACUACACAGAGUACAGCCCCCAGCCAUACAGGACCAACUACACAGAGUACAGCCCCCAGCCAUACAGGACCAACUACACAGAGUACAGCCCCCAGCCAUACAGGACCAACUACACAGAGUACAGCCCCCAGCCAUACAGGACCAACUACACAGAGUACAGCCCCCAGCCAUACAGGACCAACUACACAGAGUACAGCCCCCAGCCAUACAGGACCAACUACACAGAGUACAGCCCCCAGCCAUACAGGACCAACUACACAGAGUACAGCCCCCAGCCAUACAGGACCAACUACACAGAGUACAGCCCCCAGCCAUACAGGACCAACUACACAGAGUACAGCCCCCAGCCAUACAGGACCAACUACACAGAGUACAGCCCCCAGCCAUACAGGACCAACUACACAGAGUACAGCCCCCAGCCAUACAGGACCAACUACACAGAGUACAGCCCCCAGCCAUACAGGACCAACUACACAGAGUACAGCCCCCAGCCAUACAGGACCAGCUACACAGAGUACAGCCCCCAGCCAUACAGGACCAACUACACAGAGUACAGCCCCCAGCCAUACAGGACCAACUACACAGAGUACAGCCCCCAGCCAUACAGGACCAACUACACAGAGUACAGCCCCCAGCCAUACAGAUGUUCGUGCAGCAGCCUGGCGGAGCUUUGAAUGUCCAGCUGCCUCAGGUGGGGGUGGUGCCACAGGGAGCAGUUCUGACCACCAAUCAGGUGCAGCAGACUGUCCUAAACCCCACCCACACAGGAAGUCAGCUCACCGUUCAGCAGCAGCAGUCACCUCCUCCUCAACAGAACCUUCAACUACAGCAAAGCAACUCUCUCGCUCAGGUAUUCAGCCAAGCAGUGGUCCAGCAGCAGCGUCAACAACAACAACAGCAGCAACCUGUCUAUAACAUGAUCAUGUCCCAGCCCGGCCAGCCCAACCUACUACAGAUCAGUACCAGUCUACCACAGAACAACACACAACAGGCUGUAGCCACCUUCACACAAGACAACACUCAGAUACAGUUUCCGGCGGGCCAGCAGCUGGUGACUAAGUUAGUGACAGCUCCCAUGGCAUGUGGAGCGGUCAUGGUCCCGACCUCUGUGUUCAUGGGACAACCGGUCAUCGCUUACAACCCCUUCGGAGGGCAGCAGGGCGGUCAGACUCUGACCCUCCAGGCAGCCCAGUCCCAACAGAACCAGCCUGACAGCCAGACACAGACGGCUGUAGUGGCACAGAGUAACCAACAGGGGGCGCAGCAGCAGUUCGUACAGGGCACCCGUCUUCUCCAUGGCAACCAGCAGCUGAUCCUCCAGGCAGCAUUCCCCAUGCAACAACAGCAACAGGCCUUCACCCAGGUAACACAACAACAACAGUCUCACAACCAGAGGCAUCAGCUGCAGCUGAAACCACAGCCGCAGAAACAACCCAAAGGCCCGCCUUCGCACCGGACUGACAGCUCUAGCAGCCAAGCACAGUAGGCCAGGCGUCCAAUCAGACUCUAUGACCUGAAGGCUGAACCAAUCAGAGGUGUGGAGGGGUAUCCUGGAUUGUGUUGUGUGUUUUUCUAAUGGACCUACAGUGUUGGGAGUCACCCAACCCCCCUCCUAUCGCCCCUACCAAUAUAGCUGCUGUGUUGACCCCCUCUAUCUUCCGCCAUAACAAACUGAAUUAUGGGUAACGGUGAGGGUGGCCAGCCCUUCCUCCUAGAAAGCUACUAACUGUGCAGGGUUUGGCUCCGGCUCUGCUCUAACACACCUAUUCAGUUGCUCACCAGGACCUUGAUGUUCACCUAGACUGAAUCAGGUGUGUUGGUUAGCGCAGGGCCGGAACUAAAGCCUGCAGUCAGGAGAUCUUCAGGAGGAGGUUUGGCCCCACCUGGAUUUCACCUUCCCUAAGGAACUCCUCAUCACCGCGGUGACAAUAGUACGGACCGGAACCAUCGGAACCCUGUAUCCCGUAGCAACCAGGAGGAGAGUUGUUUGUUCGUGCGUUGGAGGAGAGACAAACUCGGUGUCCGUGGAAACCCAGUAGAACCCUUUGCGUUGCCACGGUAACGAGAGACUCCAAAAGGAGCGUUGUGGUGAUGGACUGACUCUAUGGGUCUGUACAGUACAGACGUGUGUAACAUUGAACUAAAUGUAAAUAUCCAUUAUAGCGACAACGGAAAAAAACGGAAAUGACUAUUUUAUAUGAUUGCAUGGGUAAAUAACUGUACGUUUUUAUGAGUAACUUUUGACAAAAUGACUUUAUUCAGUGUUUUCCUGGUCAGAUAUGAGGUGACAGACGUUCAGCUAGUCUCUUCCACCUAAAAGGUCUUCGGCUCUGUUCCAACACUUUAGAAAAUGCAAUCCAUCCUUCCAUCUUUCCUCCCUUCCUGCCUUGAGGUUAUCAAAGUCAUUCAGUUCAGGGUGUAUUUUAUUUGUGUUGGACCAUGGCCCCCCCCCCGGAGGGAGAGAUGUUGUGUCACUGUUCAUUUAAUGGACGGGAUUGGGUUCUAGUGGGAUGCUGGGAAAUGUAGUUUUUAAACUCAACAUUUUAUUUUUUAAACUCAACAUUUUGAAACGUUUUAUCAGAACAACAACCACGUCUGAUCCAAUCAAAUCAUGACGACCUAACAGACCUACGGGUAAAUACAGUCUAAACCAGACCAGGGAGUCGGUGAUAUUACUCAGCCUGGUCCCAGAUCACUUCGGUCUUGUGUUGGCUCAGUUGGUAGAGCAAGGCACUUGCAACCCCAAAGGUUGUGGGUUUGAUUAAAGCUCGGGCCAUCUAUGCACGUAUGACGGACUCUAAGUUGCUUUGGGAAAAAAAACAUGUUCUAUAUGAAUGGUGCCGUCUUACCAACACACAGGUCUGGGAUCAUCUGAAACGGGUUUAGUUAUUCCAAGUGCCAAUAGUCACAACACACAGGGUCAGUUGAUAUAUAUAUUUUAACAGACAAAGAGGUAUAUAUAUAUAUUUCCAGAAGUAUAUGACCCUUCUAUCAGAGUACUGCAUGUAUAUAGAAUGGAUUAUUUUUUAAUGAAGACAGAAUUAUUAUUAUACAAAGACAGUAUAUAUUUAACCUCCCCCAUGAUAUUAUAGCACUUAAUGAGGUCUAACACAGUAAAUUACAGACCUACAGACAGUAUAUCUGCCCAUGAUAUUAUAGCACUUAGACCUCAUUAAGUGCUAUAAUAUCAUGGGCAGAUAUACUGUCUGUAGGUCUGUAAUUUACUGUGUUAGACCUCAUUAACACAGUAAAUUACAGACCUACAGACAGUAUAUCUGCCCAUGAUAUUAUAGCACUUAAUGAGGUCUAACACAGUAAAUUAUAGACCUACAGACAGUAUAUCUACCUAGCUGUGUUGAAUCUGGAUGUGUGUGGAAAUGUGUGUGUGUGAGAGAGUAUGCGAGUGUGUGUUCUUGUCCAUGUGUUUACCUCUAGACAUUGUGUGUGUGUGUGUUUACAUUGUGUGUGUCUUAUACUAACUCCCUUAUUCAAGGAUCCACAAUUUGCUGAAUGGUCUCUGCUCAGGAAUAAAACCUGUGUGUCCAAAAUGGUACUCUCCUAUUGGCCCUGGUCUAAAGUAGUGCACUAUAUAGGGAAUAGGGUGCCAUAGGGCUCUGGUCUAAAGUAGUGCACUAUAUAGGGAAUAGGGUGCCAUAGGGCUCUGGUCUAAAGUAGUGCACUAUAUAGGGAAUAGGGUGCCAUAGGGCUCUGGUCUAAAGUAGUGCACUAUAUAGGGAAUAGGGCUCCGGUCUAAAGUAGUGCUCUAUAUAGGGAAUAGGGCUCUGGUCUAAAGUAGUGCACUAUAUAGGGAAUAGGGUGCCAUUGGAGAAUCAGCCAAGGACUCAGCAGACAUGCAUCUGCUCCAGUAUACACAGGCCUCACAUGGGGCCCAAUCAUAACCUGCCAUCUGCACAUGCUCAGUCUCUCCAGGCCAGACAGAACACGGCAGAUGUCUGUCAGGAGAUGGGAAAAUUACCCAUAAUAACAAACCAUUCUUCUGGUGCGUUGCUUUUCUGCUUAUUAGGGACGAAUCAACAAAUCAAAUCAUGAACAACAAAUCUAAUUUUACGUAACGAGUUAGCAUUGGUCUGGUCAGUUGAUAUUUGAUCCAGGUCUGGUCAGUAGUCAGUUGAUAUUUGAUCCAGGUCUGGUCAGUUGAUAUUUAAUCCAGGUCUGGUCAGUAGUCAGUUGAUAUUUAAUCCAGGUCUGGUCAGUAGUCAGCUGAUAUUUGAUCCAGGUCUGGUCAGUAGUCAGCUGAUAUUUAAUCCAGGUCUGGUCAGUUGAUAUUUGAUCCAGGUCUGGUCAGUUGAUAUUUGAUCCAGGUCUGGUCAGUUGAUAUUUGAUCCAGGUCUGGUCAGUAGUCAGUUGAUAUUUAAUCCAGGUCUGGUCAGUAGUCAGCUGAUAUUUGAUCCAGGUCUGGUCAGUCAGUAAUGUAACAGUGAAGACAUAUCUAACAGUAAAAGUCUUGGACAGGACAGGAGGAGUGUGUUGUUUGGAAAAAGGACUUCCCAGAACGUCUGUGAUUGUUUUUGUCUCGGAGAACAGAGUGGAGAGACGGAGAGAGUGUACACAUGUGUUUGGUCAUUUCUCCUCUUCGUUUUGUUCUACUUCCUGUAUCACACGGGAACAGCCAAUCAGUUCAUGCGUUGCAGUAACCAUGAUGACUAGUGAAUAGUCUAGAAUCUUCCUCUGUGUUUGGGUUGGUGAUGAUGACGUCGCCCAGGAUAGAUGCAGCCCAACCGGAAUACGUGUUAGUGUGAGACUGAGCGUUGCAACGACAACAACCUCCACUGUGUUCCUGUGGAUUUACACAUCACGGUAUUAAUGCUUAGACUGGACGCAUGGCUUCAUGGGGAAUACAUUACCUACGAAGCUAUGACACACUCACACGCGCACACACACACACACACACACACUUUGUCACCACUACCCUUUUGACACACAUCCCUCAGCAAAUUCAGGUCCUUUAGUUUCAGUGUUUAGUGAGUUUUAUUGCUGAAAAAAUGCAACUGUUUAUUGUUGUGUUAUUUCCACAUCACUGAUAUACAACCAGCCCAAAGAAUGUAAUGUAUGUACCUUGUUUGACUGUGUCCCAAAUGACACCCUAUUUCCUAUAUAGUGCGCUACGUUUUAUCCAGAGCUGGUCUAAAGUAGUGCACUAUGUGUAUGAAACAGGGUGGGACGUAGCCAUUCUGCUGUAGAAGAGAAACAGGCUUGUGUAAUGAAGUGGUUCAAUCAUGUUCCAUUCAAUAGUAUGAGAAUCGAGUUCUGAAAUUCUAUGUUCUGAUUCUAUGAUUCCGUUGUUCCGAUGUUACUGUAACAAGCAGCUCUGUUUGGACUAUUCUGAAUGUUGGACCUGAACCUUGUUUCUUUACCAUUGAUAGACUGAAACCCAACUGUUAUUUCACCAAUACACACCGCGGUGGUUUCUAGAACUAACUGUUAUUUCACCAAUACACACCGUGGUGGUUUCUAGAACUAACUGUUAUUUCACCAAUACACACCGUGGUGGUUUCUAGAACUGUUAUUUCACCAAUACACACCGUGGUGGUUUCUAGAAUGGUUAUUUCACCAAUACACACAGUGGUGGUUUCUAGAACUAACUGUUAUUUCACCAAUACACACCGUGGUGGUUUCUAGAACUGUUAUUUCACCAAUACACACCGUGGUGGUUUCUAGAAUGGUUAUUUCACCAAUACACACCGUGGUUGUUUCUAGAAUGGUUAUUUCACCAAUUCACACCGUGGUGGUUUGAAGAACUAACUGUUAUUUCACCAAUUCACACCGUGGUGGUUUCUAGAACUAACUGUUAUUUCACCAAUCCACACCGUGGUGGUUUCUAGAACUGUUAUUUCACCAAUUCACACCGUGGUGGUUUCUAGAACUAACUGUUAUUUCACCAAUACACACCGUGGUGGUUUCUAGAACUGUUAUUUCACCAAUUCACACCGUGGUGGUUUCUAGAAUGGUUAUUUCACCAAUACACACCGUGGUGGUUUCUAGAACUAACUGUUAUUUCACCAAUUCCAGACCGUGGUGGUUUCUAGAAAUCCUGCUAGUUUACUAGUUAAAAACCAGCUCAGAAACCUUAUUUACCAGGUAAUCCCAACUAGUUUUAAUGUACACUUACCAGGUAAUCCCAACUAGUUUUAAUGUACACUUACCAGGUAAUCCCAACUAGUUUAAUGCACACUUACCAGUUAAUCCCAACUAGUUUACUGUACACUUACCAGGUAAUCCCAACUAGUUUUAAUGUACACUUACCAGGUAACUCCAACUAGUUUAAUGUACACUUACCAGGUAUUCCCAACGAGCUUUAAUGUACACUUACCAGGUAACCCCAACUAGUUUAAUGUACACUUACCAGGUAAUCCCAACUAGUUUAAUGUACACUUACCAGGUAAUCCCAACUAGUUUUAAUGUACACUUACCAGGUAAUCCCAACUAGUUUUAAUGUACACUUACCAGGUAAUCCCAACUAGUUUUAAUGUACACUUACCAGGUAAUCCCAACUAGUUUUAAUGUACACUUACCAGGUAAUCCCAACUAGUUUUAAUGUACACUUAACAGGUAAUCCCAACUAGUUUUAAUGUACAUUUACCAGGUAACCCCAACUAGUUUUAAUGUACCCUUACCAGGUAAUCCCAACUAGUUUUAAUGGGGCUCUGCUGACGUGCAUUUCCUCUUCCUGUCACCAGGUGUGUCCUCCCUCUCGCCCAAAGCAACAUGGAAACAUAGUGUGUCCUGUAUUCUAAACCCUUCUCCUCCCGCUCUCCCUCGGUCAAUAUGAAAAUAAAAACCGAUUUACAAAUGUA